UACUAGUCACAGUAGUAGAAUUUACCAGAGAGCACGUGAUCGCCAUAUUCUACGGAGCAUGUGAAUCCGCUCCCGAAGCCCUUCUGCUAACUGACCACAUUACCGCGAGAGCAAUGCCGGCGACAACGUUGACGACAGCGACGACGACAGUCAUGUCUCAUAAACACGAUGGUAUAUUUCCCCCAGAGGGCAAGGAUCUUCCUUCCUCGCCUGAAAUCCCUUCCUCUCCACCUUCGAACUCAACAACAGCAACAUUGAGUUCGCUCUAUAACCGCGCUGCAAAAGCUUUUCUCCACCGGCGUGUCUCUGUCACUUGUUCUUUGAUAUCAUCUGCAUUUGCUUUCGUUAAGCCGCCAUCACAGAAUUCAUCGGACUCUCUUUCUUUACAGCGUCGAAAAUGGGAUAUCCUCCGAAUUACCCUCGAAACUACCAUUUACACUUCUCCUCCAUCAACUGCAGAGAUGGAAACGUUGCCGGCCUCUUUGCGUGAAACACUACUGUUGUCGUCUCAAUCAUUCAUAACCAACUCACACACCCGCUCCCUGAUCUUAUUCACUCCAACUUCCAUGCAGCCAAAUUCUGCAUUCCUACCCUUUCAGGUGCUGAUCACUCUCGUAUCGGCCAGCUUGAAAGUAGACUGUCCCAAUCUUGGUCGGGGCAUGAUAGAAGAUUGGUUAUCAAAACGUGGUCAAUACGAGGACUCACAACCAAGUGACGCCGAAGGCUACGAGAAAAUCAUCGAACUUUACUGUUUACAGGUUUUACCACGGCUCGAUGAGUGGAGUUACGCAACUGAGUUUUUGCAGUAUGAAAAUGAACUUCCAUUAGAUGCUAAAAAGCGCCUGCAAUCCACGCUCGCAAACCUCCAUUCACAGGAGCUCAAGUCAAAACUGCCACUAGCUACUCCAACCGUGUCUUCAUCGCCCUCUCUCCGUCCUCUCUCACCCGUAUCAUCUACAUCAUCAUCGUCUACCUCUUCUCUAUCCACGACUUCGACACGUACAGCCGUACCACGAAAAUCUCGUUCAGAUCUACGAAGUCUUGGCGCGAAAGACAAGUGGGAUUCAUCUCGCUCAUCAGCCUCCGUAGCCUCCGAUAAAACUGUGACAAGGCGGUCUUCUCAGCAGCGACGAGAAGGCAAUGGUUCUGGCAGCACGCACCUGAAUGGAAAUGCUCUGCGAAAUCCUUCCAUCCCUCGCACGCCACGCGCACCUGUACUAGGACCCCCUAUUUCAGCAGGCCAAUCUCCCAGCAUAAUCACGCUGAUAAAAGAGUCUAUCGGGCCAUACUUUGCAAAGAGCAGAGUGACGACCUUCUUUCUUCUAUUUUUGCUCCUCCCCCUCGUAUCAUUAAUCUUCAAGCUUCGUCGGAGGCGACUUACUAUCCUGGAGCCCCAAACCACUGCAGAGCUAGUCAAACGAAGGUUGGCUAAUGCUGGGGACACCUCGAUAUUGCGCCGUUUUUGGAAAGAAGUUGCUAGUGCGGUAAGCGACACAGUGAGAAUGGGCGGUGGUGGUCUUGUUUAAGUGCAGAAGGGGCAUGAUGAGGAGAGGGUUUUCUAUGGAUGGGUUUUCAGGUUCAGCACUACAUAUUCGGAUGGUAUCCUGGCAUCUUGGAUCGUAUUUUUUUUUGGAGUUGCCCGUACAUGGCUUAUAAUACUCUUGGAUAUAUUUCUCACUUAGAACAGCAUCAUGAUUGAGUUCGAACAGUGGCAGUGACUGUCCUG